CCCGGGCGCUCUCAGAGCAGGCCUGCUUCUCACAGCUGAGCCGCUCAGUGUUGGGGGCUGGUGUUGAGUGGGUGGGAACCAGCCAGGUUCCCCGGGGAGUCUCUGCAGGAGGCUCUGGAGGGUCUGGGGUAGAUUCCCAGGAAAGAGACUUCUGUCAUUUGCUUUCCUCCAAGGCAGCCUCAGAGUCUAGCUGGCAAGUGGUCACUUUCCCGCAGAAACAUCCUGUCCUCCUGUUCUAUCGGAUAAGGAGGGCAGAAUGAAGAGGUUGGGUGGAACCCUGGCUUUGGAGUCUGGAGACAAGGAUUUUACUCCUGGCAAAGCACAUUAUAUAGACAGGGAUAUUGUCCUCCGAUUUUCCUUUCACUUCCUUAAUUAAUAUUGUUAUCAAUACUAUUAUUGAUGUCUUGAAUCCCUGCCAUGUUCCAGGCACUGUGCUGAAUACUUCACCAAACACUAGUUCAUUAAAUCCUCACAACCCUAUGAAAGAGGUUCUCUUAUUCCUAUAUGCAUAUGGGGAAACUGAGGCUUCAGGAGGUUGAGAAAGUUUUCCAAGGUCACCAAAUAGGAUGACUUUGGACCCAGUCUGUUAAUUAUCCCCCUUGAGAGCACCGUUGAUCAAAAGGGACUUGACCAUGUUCCUCUUUGGACUGGUUACUUAGCAACAAACAGAAAAAUUAUUUAGCGGUUGUUUAAAACCAACUCUAAGUUUCUUUGGAUAUCUCAUUUCAUAAGACAGGUCUCACCUCUUUGGCUCCCACCCACCCCCACUAUGGAGACACAGGUUGUAAAUUUUUAUAACCCAAAUACUAGUGUCCGCCACUUUCUGUGCUCUAGUCCCACUAGUUGCUCUUGGCCCUGCCACUCCUGGCUCCCUGGCCUUAGUGAGUUUGGGAAGCAUCCCUCCAGUUCAACCUCAGCACCUUCCCUUAUAUACAUAUUAGGUAUUAUUGCUCCUUCAGUUGAAGACAUUGUAGCUAUUGAAAGGCAAGGCAUCUCUUGAUGUGAGCCUUGAAGGACAGGUUGAAUUGGGUAGGCAGAGAGAAAUUGGUAAGGCAUAUAUUGUCUAAGGGUCUGAAGGUGGGGUAUAAGGGGUAUACAAGUCAUAGAGUUGGGAAUAGGCAGAACCCAGAGAGGGGAGAAGACUGGCCUGAGAUAGAAAACCUUGCAAGGGAGGAGGGCAGGAGCCUGGAUGGUGUGAAAUGCUAGAGAUGCAUGGCUGGAAUGCAGGGGGCAGGGCACCAGGCUUCAGAUGCUUCUGGUUGCAGAUGCAGAUUUUCAGGAUGUACAACAUGGAGCAUCCGCAAGGUAACUGUGUUGAGAGCCUGCGAGGCAGGUGAAUGUGGAUCCUCUACCCCCUCUCCUGACUGAGUUCACCAGAGAACAAGCUUUGUAAACUCUUUGAGGGUAGGGGCUGUGAUUAUUUACUCUCAUAUCUUCAGAGCCUGGUGUUGAGGUUGGUGCUUUGUAGGCACUCAGGGACUUUCAAAUGAAUGAAGGGAGGGAGGGAGGAAAGAAGGAUGGGUUCAUGGUAGGAUCUGAUGAUGGGAUGGGAGCUCCAGGCAAAUGUCAACCAAUCCCUCUCCUGGGUCAGCCCCCAGGGGCUCACCCUUCUUUGCAUUUCCAGCUCUCAUGAGGUCAGUGUGCACAGGAAAGCUCACUUCUCUAAUCUCCUCUGAUCCUACUGCACCAGAGAAACUAAGCCAGAAUUCAAUGAAGUCUCAGUCUAGAUAAACAAGACAAAAGAAAUAAGAUUCCAGGAGAAGAUCUCCUUCAAGGGAAAGUUGCUGUGUUUGUCCAAGACCUUUGUCACAUCCAUGUAUCAUCCCUCAAGUAAAUGCUUCUUGUUCACCUGUUCAUUAGAUUUCAAGUGCAGUCCCUGGCCUAUAAGUCCCUACAAUUACAAGUUUCUCUUAUCAUUGCACAUUCUUCAUUAGGAGGAUGCCGGAGGAGCUCAGCCAACAGUUCCUCAUCAGUAGCAGAUUCUUCAGAACUUGGGCACUACACAGAUGCCCUUGAGCUCUUUGAAUACAGGUUGAUUUUUAGAAAAUACAUUAAGAUAGAACUUAAAAACAAUAGAUUGACUAAUUACAGUCCAAAGACGAGUGUACCUCUAACCACAAUUUUCAUUUAUUUUUAAAUGUUUCCUUCAUGGCCUUUCUUGUGGCUCCCCCUAUGCAGUUUGUGUAUUUGUUGAAAACUUUAUGUGUUUUUAACAUGGUUUCUGCCAAACUAGGUUUUUCUGAGACCGUCUUUUCUCAUAGGCUCAGUUUUACCGUCCUAUCUGCAGUCGGCUACUUUCGGUGGCAGAAGAGGCCACAUCUGCUUCCUGUAGGCCCUCUGGGCAGAAGCAUGCGGUGGUGUCUCUUCCUGAUCUGGGCCCAGGGGCUGAGGCAGGCUCCCCUCGCCUCAGGAAUGAUGACAGGCACAAUAGAAACAACGGGGAACAUUUCUGCAAAGAAAGGUGGCUCUGUCCUCUUACAAUGUCACCUCUCCUCCACCAUGGCCCAAGUGACCCAGGUCAGCUGGGAGCAGCAGGACCAGCUUCUGGCCAUUUGUAAUGCUGACUUGGGGUGGCACAUCUCCCCAGCCUUCAAGGAUCGAGUGGCCCCGGGUCCUGGCCUGGACCUCACCCUCCAGUCGCUGACCAUGAAUGAUACAGGGGAGUACUUCUGCAUCUAUCACACCUACCCUGAUGGGACUUACACAGGGAAAAUCUUCCUGGAGGUCCUAGAAAGCUCAGUGGCUGAGCACAGUGCCAGGUUCCAGAUUCCACUGCUUGGAGCCACGGCCAUGAUGCUGGUGGUCAUCUGCAUAGCAGUCAUCGUGGUGGUCGUGUUGGCUAGAAAGAAAUCCCUCAGAAUCCAUUCUGUGGAAAGUGGCCUCAGGAGAAAAUCAACUGGACAGGAAGAACGGAUUCCCAGUGCUCCCUCACCCCCAGGAAGCUGUGUCCAGGCAGAAGCUGCACCUGCUGGGCUCUGUGGAGAGCAGCGGGGAGAUGACUGUGCCGAGCUGCAUGACUACUUCAAUGUCCUGAGUUACAGAAGCCUGGGGAGCUGCAGCUUCUUCACAGAGACUGAACUCACUGAACUAGAUUCUCCUCUGAGGACCAGAGAAGACCAUCUCAUACCUGGAUUCCUGGAGACAUGCGCUGUCCACACGUAGCCACUUUCCACAUGUGGCCAUCAACCACUUAAGAUGGGGUUAGUUUAAAUCAAGAUGUGCUAUUAUAAUUGGUAUAAGUAUAAAAUCACACUAGAUUUUGUAGAUUUUUCAGUAAUUUUGGUAUAUUGUGUGUCAAAAAUGAUAAUAUUUGAAUGUAUCAGGUGAAAUAAAAUAUUAA